AUGUCGAACUUCACCUUUGAUGCCAUGCCAAUAUGGCUCCCCUCUCCCGGUGGUCAAAGGUCCGUUUUGAUCAAAUAUUUUUUCACGCUUUUAGGACUUGCUUUUGUGUACCUGGCAGCUCUACGCAUAAUAUUCCAUCCAUUGCGCAAAAUUCCAGGACCGAAAUUGGCCGCACUUACGGGUUGGUACGAGUUCUACUUUGAUGUCGUGGAUAAUGGUACUUUGGUCAAGCACCUUCCUCGAAUUCAUCAGAAAUAUCAGUCUCCGGUAAUCAGAAUAUCCCCCUACCACGUCCAUGUCAAUGAUCCAGAAUUUUACCAUGUUGUCUAUCGAGCUGGGACAGAUUACCUCAAGGCCCCAUACUUCUACAAGGGCCUCGGAAACCCCGAAUCACUCAUCUCCAUUCUUGAUCCUGCCAAGCACCGUAUCUUCCGAAACACUAUAGCCCCGUUGUUUUCGCCAGCUUCAAUCGACUCUUUCGCCCCCCGAAUCCAUCAACUCAUUCAGAAAACAGCCGGUAAGAUUGCCGAAGAGCUUGAGACUAGGCAACCGAUUUCGAUUCAACACUUAUUCCGAUGCUUUGGGGUCGACAUGGUCUAUGUGACUCUUUUUGGACGACCUGAUGAAUUUGUGGAGAACUACAAGCAGCCCCAUGGGCUUAUCCAGAGCAUGGAUCAGUUCACCGAUCGAAUGUGGCUAAUCAAACAUUUUCCGUUCUUAAACAAAUUUACUCAACGCUUGCCAUCGAGGUUCCAGCUACCCGGAUAUGCGAGUUUUCUUAAACAAUGUGAAGCCUGGGUGGAAGAGACUCGCGCACGGCGGGUGAAAGGUCAAAUGACUACAGCGGAAGGAAUUACCACCGUCUUCGACGCAAUGCUGCAGCCAAAUGAGGACAAGCAUUAUGAUUCUCGGACGUCAACAGAGCUGAUCGAUGAGGCUGCACUCUUGAUUAUUGCUGGCAGUGAUACCUCUGCCUAUACUUUGACCUGUGCAACAUAUUAUCUCCUCAGCACCCCAGUAGCUUUGGAUGCAUUACGCGAGGAACUGGACGCGAAGCGCUGCCAAAGACAGCCAGAUGCUCCUGCAAUAUGUGCAUGGGAUGGAAACCUUUCGUAUCAACAGUUGAACGCAUUUUCGGAGUCUUUCGCCGCUCAUCUUCUUGAUCUUGGAACUGCAUCGACCUCUUUCAUACCUCUAUACUUGGAAAAGUCGAAAUGGACUGCAGUUGCCAUGCUGGCGACUCUCAAAGUUGGAGCUGCAUUUGUCCUUCUUGAUCCUUCUCAUCCACCCCAUCGGUUGCGCCAGAUUUGUUUGGACAUCCGAGCAACCACUGUGUUGGGAUCAACCCGCGACAAGAACAUUGCCGAAUUACUCGGUGUCGCAAAUUUCAUCGCAUUGGAUGACGACAAGAUAUUGAAACAGGGUAGUGGUCUUCAACUUCCUCGGCUUCAGCGUUCUCCCUCCAACCCAGCCUAUGCUGUGUUUACCUCUGGAUCAACCGGCCGGCCCAAGGGAGUGGUCAUGGAGCAUGCUGCUUUCACUACCUCGGCUCAAGAGUUCAUCCAAAGAACCGGUCUGGGGGUUGGAUCACGGGUCUUUCAGUUUGCUUCUUAUGCUUUCGACGUAAGCAUUGCGGAUCAUCUCGCCACACUUAUUGCUGGAGGUUGUGUAUGUAUUCCAUCAGAACAAGAUCGUGUCAAUCGCCUUCCCGAGACCAUUCAGAACUUUCAUGUGAACUGGGUCGAUCUCACUCCAUCAGUGGCCCGUUUAUUGUCUCCCAAGCAGGUGCCUGAAUUGAGAACCUUGGUUCUCGCAGGGGAGCCCAUGAGCAAGCAGGACAUACUCACCUGGGCACCGCAUGUCGAUCUUAUCAACCAUUACGGUCCGGCAGAGUGUGCUAUUGGAACUAGCCUUUCAUCGCCUAUCGAGCCAGACGCAGAGGCUGGGAAUAUCGGAUACUCUAUGAGCUGUCUCAGUUGGGUUGUGGACCCGGAAGAUCACAAUAGUCUAUUGCCAUUUGGCGAGAUUGGAGAACUCGUGGUUGAGGGUCAUAUCGUCGCUCGAGGAUAUCUGCAUGACCAAGCCAAUUCCGAUUCUCCGUUCAUAUCCGUGCCUUCCUGGUUAGAAUCUCUCCGCCCUGAUAGCUCUCCGACAGCGCCGUUAUAUAAGACGGGCGAUCUAGUGCGAUAUAUGUCAGAUGGCUCGAUGCAAUACGUUGGGCGAAAAGACAAUCUUGUGAAGAUACGCGGCCAGCGGGUUCAACCCGAGGAGAUUGAACUCUAUAUUCAGAAGUGCUCAGUGUCACCUAUAGAGGUCGCCGUUGAAGUGGUGCAUCUUCCUGGAGGGGAUUCGGCUUUGGUCGCUUUCGUUGCUCAAAACGUCUCCGAAAUGCAAACUCGUUUACUUUCUCCAACCGGUGACUUUGCUACAUGGGCCUUGGAUUUACAACGCCGGCUGCCAGAAUUCUUACCUGCGUAUAUGAUCCCAUCCUUUGCCCUCCCAGUUUCUAGGCUCCCUUUGACCUCCGGGGGCAAGGUGAAUCGCUGA